AUGGAACAAGUUCACAAAUAUCAGAACUUGAUUGGUGAUGUUCUCAACGCGGACAUGAAGAUAUGUGAGAUAUUUCAGGUUAAUAUUCUUCUUGAAAAAUAUCCACCAUCUUGGAGUGAUUAUAGAAAUCAAUUAAAACAUAAGAAAAAGAAUUUAAACCUUCAAGAACUUAUCAGUCACAUGAGGAUUGAAGAGGCGAACCAUCUCAAAGAUAACAUGGAAAAACUUUCUCUUAAUUCUUCUAAAGCCAAUCUUGUAGAAUCUUCUGGUACUGUUGUGAAAGACAGGUUUAAAGGCAAACAAGAGAAAGUCUCGAAAAAAGAAUUUAUGAAGAAGAAAAUUCAAUUCAAUAAGCCGAAGAGUCAAAUUCAAAAAUUUAAGGGCUCUUGUGUUGUUUGUGGAAAAGUUGGUCAUAGAGCUGCCAGGUACUAUCAAAGAAAAGGGCAAGACUCAAAGAAGGAAAGACAAAGUGAUGUACAAGCCAAUCUUGCUGAAGACUGGGUAACUGACAAUGAUGAAGUUAGCUCCACCAUUGGCUAUGUUUUCACUUUGGGUGUUGGCGCUAUUUCGUGGAAGUCUUCUAAACAGACUUGUAUAACACAUUCUACCAUUGAAUUAGAAUUCAUUGCUCUCGAGUUGGCAGGGAAAGAAGUUGAAUGGAUGAGAAAUCUUUUGGCAGAUAUGCCUUUGUGGGGAAGACAAACUUCAAUAGUUUCUCUUACUGUUGUGACUCACAAGCAGUAA